GGGCAUUUGCGUUCUUCUUGACAGCUGGGGGAGCAUAUAAUUAUAAGGACUGCAGCUCUGACAUACCAAGUUCGAAUAUCCUUAUCGAUGCAUGUAGAAAGCAUGUGUAUACAAUGAGACAUUGUCGGACUGAUGUUUCUAAUGCAAUGACAACUGCUGAAUGGUUCAGAAUCCCUUAUCCUUUGCAGUGGGGUAUGCCUAUCUUCUGGCUUAGGACAUCUCUUGUUAUGAUAAUUGUGUCACUAGUUGCUACUGUUGAUUCGGUUGGUACUUAUCAUUCUGCAUCCAUGAGAAUCAACCUGAAACCUCCAACUCCCGGCAUUGUGAGCAGAGGAAUUGGUUUAGAAGGGUUUUGCAGUGUACUGGCUGGGCUUUGGGGAACAGGCACUGGAGCAACAACAUUGAUAGAGAAUGUGCACACAAUUGAUG